GGAAGUUAGAAUCAAACUGACCUGAUCGAGUCCAUCCAAAUUGACUGCUCACAGGUCAAUUCGGCUGGCCUCGCCCCUCGGCCAGUUGCAUUGCAUGUCUGCGCUUCUUGGCUUGGGAUCGAUUAUGCAAAGGUGUCCGCUGCUGGCUGGACGGCCUACCGAAACAAGACCAUUUGCUGGUUCGCGUCGCAUCGUGUUAUCGUGCGUAGAAUCGGUAGUAGACAAAACGGGGCAGCAAACCGCGCCAAACGGACCAAGAAUUUCCACGCAGAUUUCAACAGAGAUGAUGGGCUCGCCCGCCGGUGCUGGUGCACUCGCCCAUGUCUCGCGCGUCGCACCGCCGAGGACGGCGCCCCGAUUCGUCCUCCUUAUUUAGGCACCGUCUUUUGUCCCCCCCCCCCCCCCCCCCCCCCCCUUUCUGUUCCGAGCCGAACCAAGGCGCCAUGAGCUCCCCGGCCGUGCGCCGCGUCGUACUCCUCUCGUCACUCCUCUGCGCCGGAGCGCUCGGUUUCUUGCCCUGCUCCCAUGCCGCCGCGGUGGCGCCCGGCUACGUCGCCGUCUCCGCCGCCAGCUUCGUGCCGUCCUCAACGUGCAGCUCCCCCGACCCAGUUCCGCCGCAGCGGCGGAACGGCACGUCCGCCGUGCUGCGGCUGACGCACAGGCACGGGCCGUGCGCCCCCUCGCGGGCGUCCUCGCUAGCGGCCCCGUCGGUGGCUGACACGCUGCGCGCGGACCAGCGCCGAGCGGAGUACAUACUGAGGAGGGUGUCGGGGCGCGCGCCUCAGCUGUGGGACUCCAAGGCGGCGGCGGCGGCGGCGACGGUGCCGGCGAGCUGGGGGUACGACAUCGGCACGCUCAACUACGUGGUGACGGCGAGCCUCGGCACGCCGGGCGUGGCGCAGACCAUGGAGGUGGACACCGGCAGCGACCUGUCGUGGGUGCAGUGCAAGCCGUGCUCCGCGGCGCCGUCGUGCUACAGCCAGAAGGACCCGCUCUUCGACCCCGCCCAGUCGUCGUCCUACGCCGCCGUGCCGUGCGGGGGCCCCGUGUGCGCGGGGCUGGGCAUCUACGCCGCGUCCGCCUGCUCGGCGGCGCAGUGCGGGUACGUGGUCAGCUACGGCGACGGGUCCAACACCACGGGCGUGUACAGCUCCGACACGCUGACCCUGUCGGCGAGCAGCGCGGUGCAGGGCUUCUUCUUCGGCUGCGGGCACGCGCAGAGCGGGCUGUUCAACGGCGUCGACGGGCUCCUGGGCCUCGGCCGCGAGCAGCCGUCGCUCGUGGAGCAGACGGCGGGCACCUACGGCGGGGUCUUCUCCUACUGCCUCCCGACGAAGCCGUCCACCGCGGGGUACCUCACGCUGGGCGUGGGCGGGCCGUCGGGCGCCGCGCCGGGCUUCUCCACGACGCAGCUGCUGCCGUCGCCGAACGCGCCGACCUACUACGUCGUCAUGCUGACGGGGAUCAGCGUCGGCGGGCAGCAGCUCAGCGUGCCCGCGUCGGCGUUCGCGGGCGGGACGGUGGUGGACACCGGCACGGUCGUCACCCGCCUGCCUCCGACCGCGUACGCGGCGCUGCGGUCCGCGUUCCGCAGCGGCAUGGCCUCGUACGGGUACCCGACAGCGCCGUCGAACGGGAUCCUGGACACCUGCUACAACUUCGCCGGGUACGGCACCGUGACGCUCCCGAACGUGGCGCUCACCUUCGGCAGCGGCGCGACCGUGACGCUGGGCGCCGACGGGAUCCUGUCGUUCGGGUGCCUCGCGUUCGCACCCAGCGGCAGUGACGGUGGCAUGGCCAUCCUCGGCAACGUGCAGCAGCGCUCGUUCGAGGUGCGCAUCGACGGCACCUCCGUUGGCUUCAAACCCAGCUCCUGCUAACUCAUGGAUUAACAGUCGGCGACUUGGGAUCACUACUAGUAGUAGUAUAUGCACGUACGUAGACGAGAGUGCAGAGAUACAUACAAAGUUACUGUACAUGAUGAUAGUAAAGAUAAACUUGCAGGAGAGCGUAUACCAUACACAGCACACAGCAGUAGCGGUGGAAGUUCUUUCGUUGGUGGAAUUAAGGGGCUAACCAGAGACGUAAGCGUGACGCGUUCCAAUUGAUUCGGCAUUGCUAAUCGAGUUAGUGCAGUGUUAGGAGGGCGUGUGGGCCUACUCUGCCCUGUUCUUUUUGUAGUGGUGGCUCCUUGGUGUUCUAUGUGAGAUUGGACGUCACGAAAUGGAGAUUGAUAUCACGCGCAGCCAUCGCGGACUAGAGUGCCACGAAAAGAUGACCGACAUGUGUUAUAUUGUUUCAUUUGCGCGUAAAUGUAAAUUUUGUUUUAAUAUUAGUUAUUAAUGAUAAUAUAGUGCAUAUUUAUAACCA